GUUGGUUUACACCAACUCGUUAAAAGAUAUUGGACAUUGGAUACUGGAAUACGCGUGUCUUUUAAGGUUGGUAAAUGUGAUAUCAACAAUUUUCAUGGGCAAACGGCGUGGGUGGAGAAAGAAAGAUUGGGGUUUCACUGAUCUUGAUGAUGCAAAUGAUCCAGUCGAAACUAAAGAUCUGAAGGUAGGCUGCUUGACAUCAAAGAAUAAGCGGCGAAUUCGUAGGAAGUUGUUGAAGAAAAUUGAGCAUAAUCAGUUCCUCGAUGUUUGUGACAAGUAUUUAGCUUCAAAGUCGGAAGAGUCUUUCAAGGUUUUGCCAGAUAUUUUGCCACAUUCAUGCAGCAGUGCUGAGCUCCUCAGUCUUCUCAGUUCGUUUGUAAACAGAUACGUCGAUGUAUUUAAUGCCAAGCAAUCGAGAAUUGAACUGUCACAGUUCUACGAUCCUACUGCAUAUCUGACUUUUCAGAUUGCCCCUUAUAUUUGUCAGACUGCUUUGGAAAAAUGCUCUGACAAAAGCUUCAAACCUAAGUACCAACCAUUGUGGAGGGCAUACGAACGUUUCGCUGUUAACAGCCUUCCCGGUGGAUUUCCUCUUCCCUCAUGGGCCUGGUCUGCAGUCAAAGAGGAAUCAAUGCCUCGAAAACUAAGGAGUUCCUCUAACCUGCUGAAACAAGAUCGGAAGCCGCUCAAAGCACUUAAGGGGUAUCAGGCGGGACAUAUACAAAGACUCGUAUCAGUCGCUCGCUCAGCUUCCAGCGCACCAGAUCGCUGGAAUAAAAACAUACCACCCCCACCAAUGUCUCGAACACAUUGUCAGGGAAUCGAUCAAGUCCUGGGUUUACUUUGUCGUUUGCCGAAUCUGGUGCAUAUUAAAGAUGACAAGUACUCACAUUUGGAUGUGAUUUCAUCUGAACCACCAGUAGUAUGUGUGCGGUACUCCUGCAUUGCAGCAGAACAAAUUCCAGAUGACACUCGACCCAGUGACUUGGAAACUGUGUCAGAUCAGUUGCUGGAUAUUGCUCCUUAUGGACGAUAUGCCGUUCGUUUGGUUAGUCGCAUGUUUAUAUUACAUCAUCUUGGCAAAAUUAUACAGGAAGACUUCUGCAUUACUCCAUUGCCAAGUUCUUAUAUCCAGGUGAGCUACACAAGUUUGCUUUGCAACAUAAAUUUAUGAUUUAUGACCCCAUUUUUCCGAAAGUUCAUAUGGUCACCAAAUUUACUGAUCACCUUAGAGUGGUUGGACUGAAUAUGUGUGAAUUUGUAUCUGAAUGACGGAUAUUUGGACUGGAAUUUGGCCUGAAUGGUUGUUUGUCAUCAGAAAAGAUAGGUUACUGCAUCAAUGAGAUGGGUAUUGAGUUAAAAUUAUUUUCCCCGCAUAAAUGAGCGGGAAGUCAUGAGUUUUCAUUUUAGAUAUUCAGUAGACUUUCUAUGGAUUGUCAUUCGUUGUUAGAGACAGCAAACUGAAGUAUAACUUAGCAGACAAACGCAUCAGUACAAGUUGUCGCACUUGACAGCAGCACGCUCGAAAAAGUGUAUCGUCGGAAAACACAAAGUUGAAAAGGUGUAUGAAGGACCGAGAAAUAAUAGGUAGAUACAAAUAUUCAAAAUCUUGAAGAUUACAGAUAAACGCUGCUGUUUUUUUGACGGCAUACCUUCGUUAUCUAUCCGAAUUUGAAUAAGAGACUGUACCAAAAUAUCAGGUUAAAUGUUUAAGAAAAGAAAUCCUUUUGUAACAACCAAAUGUCUUGAACGUAUGUCGACUAGGUAUCAAUUCUCCACCACGUAUUGCAACAGAAAGAAACCACCCGUGGACACUAAGUGCUUGUUAACUUUGAAGCGGCAUUUGAAUUCGUUGAUCUAAAGGUCCUAUGGCAGUGUCUCACUAAGCCAAGCGCAGUUGUAAGCCCAUCAGUCUAUUAAAGAUUGUUUUCGAACACUCGUGGGGCAUGUUAUAGUCAUUUUUUAAGUAUUAGGUGAGUUGUCUACGUCCUGUGCUGUUCGUAAGAGAAUACCCAGUAUCCAGUUUUGUCGUUGUCAAUCAGCAUCAAUAUAAAACCUGACAUUAUUGCAUAACGGUCCAGUUUACCACACCUAUAAACACAACAAGGUAAAAGACAUCAAGUUGAACGAUUAUUAGAUCAGGAAGCAAGUAGUCGAAAGUGGCAGAACAUUGUGAAGACAAAUGAAGAAAUAAAACAGUAAGAUUCUGUAUGACGAUUAGGAUGAUGAUAACCUGCAUGCGUCUGCGCCAUUGAUAUCUGUUCUGAGACAUAUUGCCAAGAAUCUCCAAUUGUCGAUUUCAAUUGUCCUGCAGACUCUAAGGGAAAGUCCAAAGUUUCUUUCACGCUUUGAACCAACAGUCAAGGACUUCAUGGACCGAUGCCAUGUUUUAGUCUGUCAACCUUUUCUCAUACUAAACCUAGACCAACUAGCGCGACGCGUUAUACUAUGACUGAAUGCUGAACACAUGUCGCAACCAUCUGAUUCGGUGGUCUCCAGCAUCAUAAACUGAUUUGCAUCUUCUACCUAAAACCACCCCAAACCUGACUGCUGCGUUGCUGACGCGUUGGUACUGGGACAUAGAGCUAAAGAUAAGGCAACCGGGCCAAACCUACUCAAUCUCAGUUGAAUAUUCUUAAUAGGUUAGCCGAUGGAAUCUGCACAAACACAUAAGGCUUGCUUGACGUUGACCAACUUGCGUCACUUGUUUCACCGGUGGCAUAUGCGGCUACCUACUUAGGCCCAAAUGUACUAUGCAGCAUUUCUCUUCGUGCGUGUGAAACAUGGUCAUAAAAAGGACGGUAAAUGAGUAGGCUUCCGGUGUUUGGUCAAUAUUGUCUUAGUAGCGUUUGUUGUAUGUCGCGAUACCAUUAUGUUAGUAACGCUAAUGGGGGGUAAGAGUGGCAAGUCAGUUUGUGAGGUUGUAAACAUUCAUCGACUGAGGCUACUGGAACAAAUGUUGCACAUGCCUGGUCACUGUCUGCGCCGAUACUUCAUUUUAGCUUAAGUAGAUUUAGGCUGGGGAAAGGUUAGAAAUGAUCAAACUGAAAUUUGACUUUAUUGUAUGAAGUGUCUAACCAUUGAAUUGAGCUAUAUACAGAAAAUUUGAAAUCACGGUUAUUAUCCGCAUGACAACCAACAUUGAAACUCUUGACGAUAAUGGUCAUAAUGUAUCUUGGUGGCACAGAUACAUCCACGCAAUGUUAAUUUUAGUCGUCGUAUUGAAUUUCAUAGUUGCUUCAUUGCUUUUUGAAUUCCUAAGUUUUGAUUACAUCUCUGUUCCUUCAUCUUUUGUCUUUGUUCUGGUAAGUGUGGUAACUGGGUCAGUUCUUUAGUGCAGUGUCGGUAUGUUCUAUGUAAACACUGAUUGAUUACUGUUGUUUAUUUCUCGAAUUUGUGUUGUUUUGUUUUUAUGCUAAUGCUUUUUUGCAAGGUCGACACUUGGAGACAUUUGUCUCUAGUCACGCUUGCAAUAUUAACAUCUGGCCGUUUGAGUCAAGCUGUUUACAGUUUGAUAUAGAGGCCAAGAUAUAUGCUGCUUAAAAUAGGCAUUCGAAUGAACGACAUUCUCUUGGACCUGGCCGAGGAGUGCUACUUUUAUGUGGUGUUCGGGCUUGGAUACCACUAAAGCUUAACAGGCUAUGCUGGAAUGCUCACUGAUUAUUACGGAGGCUGUUUCUAACUUUAUGGCUUCUCAAGCACCAUCCAAUUCAUUAUCAGUUCAAAAAGCAUGUUUUAUUCCUGAUGAAGUUGUCAUUUCAAAAUUAGUUGACCAGUUAUCACUAACAACUGGGAUGAAUAAAGCUUAUUCGUUGCAAUGUUUAACUGAGUGUCAAUUUGACUUGGAUUCUGCAUUGUAUUCAUUUCAAAAGGUGCAUGAGGCUGGGGUUUUGCCUGCUGAGGCUUUUUUACCAAGUUGAUCGUUAACUUGGAAUAUUUUUUACUGUCACAAAGUAGAACUUUAUCCCACAGAUUUUGUAAAUAUAUUUUUUUCAACACAA